AUGAAAUGUGGCAAUGUAAAUGUGCGAAAUGCAUUGGAAUUCAAUUUAAAAAAAAAUAUAAAAGAAAAGACAAAAUUAACGGAUCAAGAAAUUGCAAUAAUAUAUAAAAGAUUUCAUUCAAUAUGUUCUAAUGGGAAAUUAAAUUACAAACAAUUUGAAAAAAGCUUAGGAAUUCUUGGAACAAUAAAAAAUGCAUAUUUAUAUAAAUGUAUUUUUAAAGCUUUUGAUUUAAAUAAUGAUGGAUAUAUUGAUAUUUAUGAAUUUUGUGUGGCUAUAAAUAUUAUGUUAAAAGGAAAUAAACGUGAUAAAUUGAAGUUAUCAUAUCGAAUUAUACAAUCUGGUAGCUCAGUUAAAUUAGAAGAAUUCAAAGAAAAUGUUAAAAGUUUUAAUGAUGAUCAAAAUAACUAUUUAGAAUAUAUAACUUAUGACGAUUUUGAAAGGAUUAUAUUAAGUAUUAAAGAUAUAAAAAAACAAUUGCUGGGAGAAGAAGAUGAAAUUGUAAUAAGUCAUGUUAAAUAUACAUUUAGAUCAUUAAGUAUAUUAUGUGAUGAUGGUAAAUAUAGAAUGAAUUUAAAAUGUUAUAAAAGAGCAAUGAAAUGUCAUGAAUUUUUGAAAUUUAUUGGCAUUCAUACAAAAGUUGCAGAUACUUUUAUAAAAAAUAAUGAAUUAAUUAUUAAAAAAAAAAAAAAAAAACAGAAAAAAUAUAAAAUUGAUUCAGGAAAAAAAGUAUUAAAUCAUUUAAAAAAAUCAUAUUCUGAAUCGACAAGUACAAGAUUAUCUCUUUUAAGAGGUACUACAAGUUUAUUUAUCAAAAAAAAAAAACAAAAAAAAAAAAAAAAUUAUGAAAAAAAACUAGCUAAUUUAUAUUCCUUUCAAGGAAAAGAUGAUCAUAAUGAAAAUAAAAUAAAUAUAUUUAAAGAUGUAAUAGAUAAUAAAAAUACAAAUUUGAUAACUAAUAUAGAUGUUGUAAAUUCUAAUAAUAAUACUUUUAAAAAACAUGAUAUAUUAUUAAAUUCGAAUAAGGACAAUUCAUACUUUAAUAAUAUAUCCACAAAAUAUAAUUCAAUAUCUCAAAACAGCCAAAAAAGAAAUGAUGAAAAUGGAUUAUUUGAAUGUGCGUUAAGUGAUAAAGAUGGAAAACAUAUAUUAAAUCAAACCGAGCAAAUAAAAUUGUGCGGAAAAGUAAAUAAAAAAUGUGAUAAUCUUGGCAAAUGUAUAGAAACUUUAGAGAACCAUAUUCCACAAAAUAGUGAAGACACACCAGCCGACAUAUACCCUGAUUUAUACAAAGAACAUGAAAUAAAAGAUAAAAAGGAUGUUCGCAAUGUUGAUAGAAAAGAAAAGGGAGCAACUAACUUGGGUAUCGAAAAAAGAGACGAAUCGAAGAAUUAUAUAUACUCAAGCGACGAAAAAAAAAUAGAUAAUGAUAAAAGUGAAAGUUUGAGUAAAACACAAUUUUUGGAUUUGAAAUCUCAAAUAUUUGAUUUUGAAAAAAAGAAAGAAAAUAAAAAAUAUAUUGAUACAUGGAACAUGUACAUAAAUAAAUAUAAAGAAUAUAUAAAAAAAAUUGAAGAAAUCGAAGCAUGCGAAACUGAAAAUGAAAAUGUGAACCCGUCUGAUAAAAAAUUGAUAGAAAGUAACGAUAAAUCGAAAGUUGAAAAUAAUAGUGUAGAAAAAUAUUAUGAACAAGAUAAUAAAUCGAACGAUUUUGAUAGUAUAGAUUCUGAAAAUAACAGUAGUAUUUAUGAUAAAGAUGUAGAUGUUGGAAGUGCUGCGAGUAGUAUUAGUACAUAUACUAAAGUAAGUGAUAAAUGUAAUGGUGAUGUAAUUGAACUAAUUGAAAAUAAAAGUGAUGAGUAUUCAUAUCAAGAAAGUAAUAAACGAGAAGGAAAUAGUUCAGGAAAAUAUUUAUUCGAAAAAUAUAUUCAAUACCAUAACUUUGUAAAUGAAACUGAAGACAUAAAACUUUUUAUAAAUGACACUCAUAAAAAUUCCCAAAAAUUAGAAUUAAGCAAAGAUAUAUUAUAUAAAAAAUUUUAUAUUCCAGGUUCUAAUUCGCAAUAUUUUGUAAUUAACAAUAAUUUGAGUACAGAUGAACUUUUAUAUAAUAUUAGAAAAAUUUUAAUAAAUGUAGAAGAUUGUUUAAAGAAUGAUAAAGAUAAUAAAAAUGAAAAUUAUGAUAAAAUUUUUUUUAUGUUUUUUUACAUUUUUAUAUAUAAUAAUACAAAUGAAGAAACACAAAAAAUCGAAUCUAAACAAAUAUAUUCACAAAAUAAACGCAUAAAAAAAUAUAAAAGUGUAUUAUUAGUUGUUUCUAUAAUUCGAUAUUUUCUACAUACAAUUACUAUUUCACAAAAAUAUUAUUGCUCUUCUUAUGAUUCAAUUGAUGAAUAUAAUAAUUUGAAUAACAAUAAAAUGGUAAAUAAUAUAUCAAAUUCAAACAAUGAAAUAAAUGUUAUUUUAAAUCAAACUAAUGAAGUUUUAGGAAAAUAUGCUAAAGGAAAAUUUCAAAAUAAAAAAAUAUAUAUUAAUAAAUCAAAUUAUUAUAAUUCUUCGAAAAAAAGAAAAUUAUCUGUUUCAAUACGUCACAAAAAAAAAAAAAAAAAUUCUAAACUUUUUGCAGUAUAUUUUGGCCAUGAAAGGUGGGAUUUAGUUAUGAACAUGAUGAUAGGUAUUCGUAUAUGUGCAAUAAAAGAAUUUAAUAUUGAUAAUAUAUUAAAUUAUUAUCGACAUACAGAUGUUAUACAAUUAUCUACUUCAAGUGCAAAUGAAAAAGUUUUAUUUAAAAAUUAUUCACCAAUAAUAUUUAAAAAUAUUCGAAAAAUUUUUGGUAUAAAAUCUAAAGAAUAUAUAACAUCAGUUGGGCCUGAACAAGUCAUAAGUAAUAUGGUUUUAGGGAACCUUUCAACUCUUAGUGAGCUUUUAUCUGAAGGAAAGAGUGGUUCUCUUUUUUAUUUUACUAGCAAUGGAAAAUACAUAAUUAAAACAGUAAACAAAGGAAUUCAUAAAUUAUCAAAAAAACUUCUUCCAAAAUAUUACAAAUAUAUCCAAAAAAAUCCAGAUUCCCUUUUAACUCGUUUGUACGGAAUUCAUAGCAUAAAAUACCAGAAUGGUUCAUCAAAAACGAUAAAAAAAAUAUUUUUUAUUGUUAUGAAUAAUUUUUUUUCAUCGGCGGUUGAAAUACAUAGACGAUAUGAUAUAAAAGGAAGUUUAAUUGGACGGAGCGUUCCUAUUGAAAAGAGAGGAGAUCAUACAAUUGCAUUGAAAGAUGUUGAUAUUGAUGAACUAGGUGAUGUUAUAAAUAUAGGUCCUGAAUAUAAGGAAAAAUUGUUAAGCAUUUUAAAAUCGGAUGCUAAUUUUUUAAAAGAAAAUUUGCUUUUAGAUUAUUCUUUACUGUUUGGUAUACAUUAUAAAGAAUUAUCACGAGAUGUAGUAUGUUGGAAUAAAAAAAAAACAAAUGAAGUUCGUCAUGUUUAUGACGAGUUUGGAUUAUGCGUAGUGGCUAAGCCAUUUCACCAGUUGGACCAUGGGGGCAUGAUAAAUAUCGACAAAAACCGGAUUUUCUUUUUUGGAAUAAUUGAUAUCUUUACAAAGUGGAACUUGAAAAAAAAAAUGGAGCAUACCUUUAGAACGAUACAAAAACUGGAUAGAAAAAAUAUUUCCUGCAUUCCACCAAAGGCCUAUGCAGAACGAUUUGUAGCAUUUAUAGAAAAACAUAUGGAGUGA